CCCGUAGUUCUCCCGAAAGUUCAGGCGGUGCAUUGUGGGUAGGUCAGGAGGACCAGAGAGGACGCCAUGUGCUUUUGAAGCGGCGGGGGACUGGAAGGAGAAGACCGGAGCGGAGACAAGCGUUCAGCUGGUUAUUCAGGAGGACCCCGGGACCCGCGGCUCUUCUCCCCGCCGACAUGUUGUGCUCCACGCGCUGCCUCCGGACCGCGCUGCGGGCCGCCGCCAGCACGCAGCGGCAACAGCUUCAGCGACAGACGCCGGCCUCGUGUGCGCUCAGACUUCUGAAAACCAGCGCGGCCACGCCGUCGGACGCCAUCGCCACCCCUCCUCUAGACGGAGCCCCCAAACAGUAUUCCCCCAAAAUCCAACAGCUCGUCAAUGACAUCGCCGGCCUCACCUUGUUAGAGGUGUCGGACCUCAACGAGCUGCUCAAGAAAACUCUGAACAUUCAGGAUGUGGGGAUGAUGCCGAUGGGGGCGAUGGUUGGAUCAGCUGCGCCCGCAGCUCAGGCUGCGGAGGAGGAGGAGGCGCCAGUCAAGAAAGAAAAGACUCACUUCACUGUCAAACUGACAGAAUUAAAUGCGUCUGAAAAAGUGAAGCUUAUAAAAGAAGUGAAGAACUGCAUCCAGGGCUUGAAUCUGGUGCAGGCGAAGAAACUCGUGGAGUCUCUCCCACAGGAAAUCCGGGCCAACGUAUCCAAAGAGGAGGCCGAGAAGCUGAAGGCGGCUCUGGAAGCGGCAGGCGGCACCGUGGUGUUGGAGUGAAGCCCGCCGGGUGUCGGCCUGCCGCUCCUCCAACACGCACUUCAUCCUUCAUUCUGUUAUUUUAUUUUUAUGUUCUUUGUUUUUUACAAGACAACAAGGAGGAUCGUUUAAGAGAAAUGGAAACAAAGAAAUGCCUUCUGACAUUGACGCGGUCUCCUCGGCACGGCGGUCCAUCCCAGACUGAACUUUGCAGACGCGCCGCUGCCCACACGGCCGCCCCGCCGCCGCCGCCGCCUCCGCCGCCUCCGUCUACUCGUGUUUCUGUAUACUUGCGUGGCAGAAAGACUGGCCUGGGUGCCAAGUACGUCAGUCGGUAAUUCUGUGUGUAUGCUUGUGUGUGUGUGUGCAUGUGAGUGUGUGUGUUAGACUCCACAGAAUGAAAUCCUGCCACGUAGGAGCAGGAUCAUCAGACUGGUACCGUCAGAUACUGUAUCCAGCUCCGAGUCCUGGUGUUGUUGAUAGAGGUGUUCUCAUGAUUAAAGCUGAAAUAUCCAUA